CAAAAUAAAAACACCUGCACAAUUUAAAGCAGACGUUUGGAAGCAUUUUGGCUUCCAAGUUAGAACAGGGAGCACAAACAGUGAGUUAGAGAAGGGAAAUGCCGUUUGCAAGCUCUGCCGUGAAAUAUAGUGGGAACACCACCAACUUACGGUCUCAUCUUGCAAGACACCUCUGUAUUAUCACAGCGGCAGCCAUCGAAACCUGUUGAGGCGAAGCAAACUAUGCUGGACAACUUGCUUCCAUCUUUAUCACCUCGUGCUCAGCGGAUCACGGAAUCACUUGUGCAUUUUAUUUGUAAAGAUUUGCAGCCGUGCAACGUGGUCAACAACGCCGGCUUUAGGUGGAUGGUGCAGACUUUAGAGCCGCGUUACAAGAUACCGCAGCGGGUCCACAUGGUAAACGCUGUCCCCAAGAUGUACGAGGAGGUAGAGGAGGCCGUUAAAAUGUAUCUUAGCUCUGCACAAAGAGUGGCCCUGACGUGUGAUGGGUGGACGUCCAGAGCCACCGAGUCAUAUGAGGCCAUUACAUCCCAGCACAUCUCUACAGACGCCAGGCCGUCUAUAAGAGAGUCAUCACAGAGGCUGCAAGGUCCCACGGACUGUUUCAGCAGAGAGGGGUUGGACAGGACGAUACGGGGGAGCCCCAAACUCAGACUGAUGGAGAAAAAGAAGGAGAGGGGGAUGCAGGGCUGAAGUGAAGGAGAAAAGACGUGAAAAAAGUUGCGCAGUGUCGAUG